AUGACCCUUUCGAGCAACAUCAAUCCUGCCUUUCCUCAACUGAAGGUUGGGCAGGUAGUCGUCUACGACUAUCUCCACGCUGCCAAGACGUGGCAGUGGACGCUGGGUACGGUGCGUGAGAUUACGGAUUACACCGCCGUCGUGCAGCAGUGGGGCCCUCACACCGGCGACAGUGACACACUGCGCUCCAUUCUCCUCAGAGAGGUCGACACGGAAAAUGGACGCAUGAAGAGCUAUCAGGAUAUGCUGGCCCUCGCACGAGAGAAGCUUGCGUCCAUCCGCCGUAGCAACGAGGAUCGUGUUUCACGCGUUCGCGGUCACUUCGACAAGGCUCGUGAAGAGCUAGAGCGCAUUGAUGAAGUGGAUCUGCGCAAGGUCACGGCCCAGGCCGCCCCGUCCCCAGUUGCGGUCGCAGUCCUGAAGGCGGUGUGGGCCGUGGCCAAGUGUGAUCCCACGGCGGUCGAGUUCUACGAGUGGGCGGAUGUGCAACUGGAGUACCGGAGGAGAGCCGCUCUCGACGAGAUCGCGAAGAUGGACGUCCUCGCGAAGCUCUACCCUUCGGCGGAAAGCCUGCAGCAGUCCCUGGAGCACGGCCCCAAGCUGAACUACAAGGCGGCGGCGCGCGACUCACCAGUGGUGGCCAGCCUCCAUGCGUGGGCCACCACGGCUCUUGCCUACCAGCAGGCGUACAGCCUCCUGGCUCACGACAAGCGCAUCCAAGAGCAGAACGACGCCAUCGCAGCCGCCAUUGCCGGCAUGAAGGCUUGUCGCGCCAAGAUUGCCAAGCUCAAGGAGGAGCUGUCCUCAAAUGGCACGACUACACUCCCCGAACAGGUCACCUCCUUCACCAGGACGUCUGUCCUCGUGACAAUUCCGUUGUCUGCCGUCAUCUCUCCCGUCAGUGUGGACAGCAGGAUGAAGGAAUGUGUGCUGACUAAGGACGAAGUUGAGCAGGUUCUCCUUGGAGCUAAGGCUAUGCGCUUUCAACUGAGGAGUUGCAUAAACUUGAUUACAUCCAAGUACGUCAUGGCAGCUGCAGAACUGCACACACUUUCUCUUUAUACUGCAGAGUUGGAGCAAAGGCGCCUCUAUCUGCAAGAGCAUUACUUUUCGACUAUUAUCCGAAGUGGUGAGGCAGGUAGUAAGGCAGAACGCAGUGAGGAAACUCAGGAGGAAGUCAAUCGCUUGAAGGCUUUGGUUGCAGAGCUGCAAAAGCAUGAUGAGAGGUGGGAACCGGAUUACGAAGCUGUGUCAGUGGCAACAUCACACGUCAAGAAGUAUCCUGGUACUGAGUGGGCAGACGUGUUAGCGGAGAGAUUUGAGGAGGUGCGAACUGCCUUCGCCUCUGAAACAGCGCUCGCAGCGCACGUCGAUCCAUACUGUGUUCACGACAUUGUGUUUAACGCAGAGUAUGAUCAGUUGUCUGUGAGGUGUGAAAUAACCCACCCAGCCAAAAUGACACGAACCCAAGUGGAUGAUCGUCUUUCGCAGAUGCCAACCCGGCUGAUGAGUUCCAUUUACAAAAACCGUGACGCUCCAAAGACUGGUCUAGACAAGGCUGUAGCUGAAAUCUGCCACGCUUUGGGAAUCGACGAUCAUAAGUUUGCUGGACUUGGCUUCGAUGAGUUCGUUACCCAACUUUCACAUUUCGACUACUUGGGGAACAAGGACGCCUACGAGAGUGAAAUUGGAGAUCUCCUUAUGCUCCUCGAUAAGAUCAACAACGAGAAUAGAUCACUUCAGUACACCCUUGAAAAGUCUGCGGAAACCUUCAAGAAGCAGACUGCAGCAAUCCAGCGCGAUCAGGACGCUCUCACAGCACGCAACGCGGAACUUGCCGAUGAAAUUGAUCGACUUCGAAACCUCCUUGAGAAACUCAAGGAUCUUGCAGACAAGCAAGGCGCAGAACUCGAGCACUAUCACAUGCAACAGCAGCAAGCGCAGCAGCUUCGAGCACACAGAAAUCUCUCACCCAUACCAUCCGCUGCAGAGGAGCCCCUGUACGCAGUAACAAUUGACGAAUUAAACGCACAGAAAGCACUCUAUGACGAUGCAGAACAUCGCGCCCACGAGCUUAAGAAAGAACUCGACCACAAAGAAACUCUCCUUAAAAAGCUCGACGACCUUCUACUAGAAGCGCAAAGUCACAGCAAUGACCUCGCUCAACAACUUCAAGAUGCAACCAAGGAGAUCGCAACACAACAACAGGAACUCGCCGUGUUCCGCCAGAGGCGUCACGAUGCUAAAGUUGCUAGAGAAAUGGAGCCGCAUCUGACAGCCGCAGACGGGGUUUCACCAUCCAGUAAUUUAGCACUAGACCGCACCCGCAAAGCACUGCACAUCUGCUCUACCACCGACCCGGUCGACCCUGCCAUCAUCGCUAAAGAGCCACUGUACGCCGUAACGAUCAAAGAGUACAACGAUCUACACGACGCGCUACACAGAGAACAGGAAGAGUCUGACAGACAGAGGGCUGAGAAUCGCAAGCUAUUCGGCGAUAACGAGAAGCUUGCUGAGGAGCUCGAGAGCCUGCAGGAGGAGGCCGAGAGGCUGGCCGGUGAAAUCGAGAAGGCGCAGGCGGAUGCCGAGGCGCAGAGGGCCGAGAAUGGCAAGCUGUGCGGCGACAACGAGAGGCUGGUGGAGGAGCUCGAGAGCCUGCAGGAGGAAGCCGAAAGGCUGGCCAGUGAACUCGAGAAGGCGCAGGAGGAGGCCGAGAGGCUGGCCGGUGAGCUCGAGAAGGCGCAGGCGGAUGCCGAGGCGCAGAGGGCCGAGAAUGGCAAGCUGUGCGGCGACAACGAGAGGCUGGUGGAGGAGCUCGAGAGCCUGCAGGAGGAAGCCGAAAGGCUGGCCAGUGAACUCGAGAAGGCGCAGGAGGAGGCCGAGAGGCUGGCCGGUGAGCUCGAGAAGGCGCAGGCGAAUGCCGAGGCGCAGAGGGCCGAGAAUGGCAAGCUGUGCGGCGACAACGAGAGGCUGGUGGAGGAGCUCGAGAGCCUGCAGGAGGAAGCCGAGAGGCUGGCCAGUGAACUCGAGAAGGCGCAGGCGGAUGCCGAGGCGCAGAGGGCCGAGAAUGGCAAGCUGUGCGGCGACAACGAGAGGCUUGCUGAGGAGCUCGAGAGACUGCAGGAGGAAGCCGAGAGGCUGGCCGGUGAACUCGAGAAGGCGCAGGAGGAGGCCGAGAGGCUGGCCGGUGAACUCGAGAAGGCGCAGGCGGAUGCCGAGGCGCAGAGGGCCGAGAAUGGCAAGCUGUGCGGCGACAACGAGAGGCUGGUGGAGGAGCUCGAGAGCCUGCAGGAGGAAGCCGAGAGGCUGGCCAGUGAACUCGAGAAGGCGCAGGAGGAGGCCGAGAGGCUGGCCGGUGAACUCGAGAAGGCGCAGGCGGAUGCCGAGGCGCAGAGGGCCGAGAAUGGCAAGCUGUGCGGCGACAACGAGAGGCUUGCUGAGGAGCUCGAGAGACUGCAGGAGGAAGCCGAGAGGCUGGCCGGUGAGCUCGAGAAGGCGCAGGAGGAGGCCGAGAGGCUGGCCGGUGAGCUCGAGAAGGCGCAGGCGAAUUCCGAGGCGCAGAGGGCCGAGAAUGGCAAGCUGUGCGGCGACAACGAGAGGCUUGCUGAGGAGCUCGAGAGCCUGCAGGAGGAAGCCGAGAGGCUGGCCGGUGAGCUCGAGAAGGCGCAGGCGAAUGCCGAGGCGCAGAGGGCCGAGAAUGGCAAGCUGUGCGGCGACAACGAGAGGCUUGCUGAGGAGCUCGAGAGCCUGCAGGAGGAAGCCGAGAGGCUGGCCGGUGAACUCGAGAAGGCGCAGGCGGAUGCCGAGGCGCAGAGGGCCGAGAAUGGCAAGCUGUGCGGCGACAACGAGAGGCUUGCUGAGGAGCUCGAGAAGGCGCAGGAGGAGGCCGAGAGGCUGGCCGGUGAACUCGAGAAGGCGCAGGAGGAGGCCGAGAGGCUGGCCGGUGUACUCGAGAAGGCGCAGGCGGAUGCCGAGGCGCAGAGGGCCGAGAAUGGCAAGCUCUGCGGCGACAACGAGAGGCUGGUGGAGGAGCUCGAGAGCCUGCAGGAGGAAGCCGAGAGGCUGGCCGGUGAGCUCGAGAAGGCGCAGGCGAAUGCCGAGGCGCAGAGGGCCGAGAAUGGCAAGCUGUGCGGCGACAACGAGAGGCUGGCGGAGGAGCUCGAGAGCCUGCAGGAGGAAGCCGAGAGGCUGGCCGGUGAACUCGAGAAGGCGCAGGCGGAUGCCGAGAGGCUGGCCGGUGAGCUCGAGAAGGCGCAGGAGGAGGCCGAGAGGCUGGCGGAUGAGCUCGAGAAGCCGCAGGAGAUGCCGAGAGGCUGGCCGGUGAGAUUGGGAAGCUGCGCGGCGGAUGCCGAGAGGCUGGCCGAUGAGCUCGAGAGGCUGCAGGAGGAGGCCGAGAGGCUGGCCGGUGAACUCGAGAAGGCGCAGGAGGAUGCCGAGAGGCUGGCCGGUGAGCUCGAGAAGGCGCAGGAGGAGGCCGAGAGGCUGGCCGGUGAGCUCGAGAAGGCGCAGGAGGAUGCCGAGAGGCUGACCGCCGAGAUCGACAAGCUGCGCGGCGACACCGAGAGGCUGGCCGAGGAGCUCGAGAAGCUGCAGGAGGAGGCCGAGAGGCUGGCCGGUGAGCUCGAGAAGGCGCAGGAGGAUGCCGAGAGGCUGGCCGGUGAACUCGAGAAGGUGCAGGAGGAUGCCGAGAGGCUGACCGCUGAGAUUGACAAGCUGCACGGGGACGCCGAGAGGCUGGCCGAGGAGCUCGAGAAGCUGCAGGAGGAAGCCGAGAGGCUGGCCGGUGAGCUCGAGAAGGCGCAGGAGGAGGCCGAGAGGCUGGCCGGUGAGCUCGAGAAGGCGCAGGCGGAUGCCGAGGCGCAGAGGGCCGAGAAUGGCAAGCUGUGCGGCGACAACGAGAGGCUUGCCGAGGAGCUCGAGAGACUGCAGGAGGAAGCCGAGAGGCUGGCCAGUGAACUCGAGAAGGCGCAGGAGGAGGCCGAGAGGCUGGCCGGUGAGCUCGAGAAGGCGCAGGCGGAUGCCGAGGCGCAGAGGGCCGAGAAUGGCAAGCUCUGCGGCGACAACGAGAGGCUGGUGGAGGAGCUCGAGAGCCUGCAGGAGGAAGCCGAGAGGCUGGCCGGUGAGCUCGAGAAGGCGCAGGAGGAGGCCGAGAGGCUGGCCGGUGAGCUCGAGAAGGCGCAGGCGGAUGCCGAGGCGCAGAGGGCCGAGAAUGGCAAGCUGUGCGGCGACAACGAGAGGCUUGCUGAGGAGCUCGAGAGACUGCAGGAGGAAGCCGAGAGGCUGGCCGGUGAACUCGAGAAGGCGCAGGCGGAUGCCGAGGCGCUGAGGGCCGAGAAUGGCAAGCUGUGCGGCGACAACGAGAGGCUUGCCGAGGAGCUCGAGAGCCUGCAGGAGGAAGCCGAGAGGCUGGCCGGUGAACUCGAGAAGGCGCAGGAGGAUGCCGAGAGGCUGGCCGGUGAGCUCGAGAAGGUGCAGGCGGAUGCCGAGACGCUGACGGCCGAGCUCGACAAGCUGUGCGGCGACGCCGAGAGGCUGGCCGAUGAGCUCGAGAAGGCGCAGGAGGACGCCGAGAGGCUGGCCGGUGAACUCGAGAAGGCGCAGGAGGAUGCCGAGAGGCUGGCCGGUGAGCUCGAGAAGGUGCAGGGGGACGCCGAGAGGCUGGCCGCCGAGCUCGAGAAGCUGCAGGAGGACGCCGAGAGGCUGGCCGGUGAACUCGAGAAGGUGCAGGAGGAAGCCGAGAGGCUGGCCGGUGAACUCGAGAAGGCGCAGGCGGAUGCCGAGGCGCAGAGGGCCGAGAUUGACAAGCUGCGCGGCGACAACGAGAGGCUGGCCGAGGAGCUCGAGAACGUGCAGGAGGAAGCCGAGAGGCUGGCCGGUGAACUCGAGAAGGCGCAGGCGGAUGCCGAGGCGCAGAGGGCCGAGAAUGGCAAGCUGUGCGGCGACAACGAGAGGCUGGUGGAGGAGCUCGAGAGCCUGCAGGAGGAAGCCGAGAGGCUGGCCGGUGAACUCGAGAAGGCGCAGGAGGAGGCCGAGAGGCUGGCCGGUGAACUCGAGAAGGCGCAGGCGGAUGCCGAGGCGCAGAGGGCCGAGAAUGGCAAGCUGUGCGGCGACAACGAGAGGCUGGUGGAGGAGCUCGAGAGCCUGCAGGAGGAAGCCGAGAGGCUGGCCAGUGAACUCGAGAAGGCGCAGGAGGAGGCCGAGAGGCUGGCCGGUGAGCUCGAGAAGGCGCAGGCGGAUGCCGAGGCGCAGAGGGCCGAGAAUGGCAAGCUGUGCGGCGACAACGAGAGGCUGGUGGAGGAGCUCGAGAGCCUGCAGGAGGAAGCCGAAAGGCUGGCCAGUGAACUCGAGAAGGCGCAGGAGGAGGCCGAGAGGCUGGCCGGUGAGCUCGAGAAGGCGCAGGCGAAUGCCGAGGCGCAGAGGGCCGAGAAUGGCAAGCUGUGCGGCGACAACGAGAGGCUUGCUGAGGAGCUCGAGAGACUGCAGGAGGAAGCCGAGAGGCUGGCAGGUGAGCUCGAGAAGGCGCAGGAGGAGGCCGAGAGGCUGGCCGGUGAGCUCGAGAAGGCGCAGGCGAAUGCCGAGGCGCAGAGGGCCGAGAAUGGCAAGCUCUGCGGCGACAACGAGAGGCUUGCCGAGGAGCUCGAGAGACUGCAGGAGGAAGCCGAGAGGCUGGCCGGUGAGCUCGAGAAGGCGCAGGCGAAUGCCGAGGCGCAGAGGGCCGAGAAUGGCAAGCUGUGCGGCGACAACGAGAGGCUUGCUGAGGAGCUCGAGAGCCUGCAGGAGGAAGCCGAGAGGCUGGCCAGUGAGCUCGAGAAGGCGCAGGAGGAGGCCGAGAGGCUGGCCGGUGAACUCGAGAAGGCGCAGGCGGAUGCCGAGGCGCAGAGGGCCGAGAAUGGCAAGCUGUGCGGCGACAACGAGAGGCUUGCCGAGGAGCUCGAGAGCCUGCAGGAGGAAGCCGAGAGGCUGGCCGGUGAACUCGAGAAGGCGCAGGAGGAUGCCGAGGCGCAGAGGGCCGAGAAUGGCAAGCUCUGCGGCGACAACGAGAGGCUGGUGGAGGAGCUCGAGAGACUGCAGGAGGAAGCCGAGAGGCUGGCCGGUGAACUCGAGAAGGCGCAGGAGGAGGCCGAGAGGCUGGCCGGUGAACUCGAGAAGGCGCAGGCGGAUGCCGAGGCGCAGAGGGCCGAGAAUGGCAAGCUGUGCGGCGACAACGAGAGGCUUGCUGAGGAGCUCGAGAGGCUGCAGGAGGAAGCCGAGAGGCUGGCCGGUGAGCUCGAGAAGGCGCAGGAGGAGGCCGAGAGGCUGGCCGGUGAACUCGAGAAGGCGCAGGCGGAUGCCGAGGCGCAGAGGGCCGAGAAUGGCAAGCUGUGCGGCGACAACGAGAGGCUUGCUGAGGAGCUCGAGAGCCUGCAGGAGGAAGCCGAGAGGCUGGCCGGUGAACUCGAGAAGGCGCAGGCGGAUGCCGAGGCGCAGAGGGCCGAGAAUGGCAAGCUGUGCGGCGACAACGAGAGGCUUGCUGAGGAGCUCGAGAGACUGCAGGAGGAAGCCGAGAGGCUGGCCGGUGAACUCGAGAAGGCGCAGGAGGAUGCCGAGAGGCUGGCCGGUGAGCUCGAGAAGGUGCAGGCGAAUGCCGAGAGGCUGAGGGCCGAGCUCGAGAAGCUGCACGGGGACGCCGAGAGGCUGGCCGAUGAGCUCGAGAGCCUGCAGGAGGAAGCCGAGAGGCUGGCCGGUGAACUCGAGAAGGCGCAGGAGGAUGCCGAGAGGCUGACCGGUGAGCUCGACAAGCUGUGCAGGCGGACGCCGAGAGGCGACGAGCUCGAGAAGCUGCACGACGACGCCGAGAGGCUGGCCGGUGAGCUCGAGAAGGCGCAGGAGGAAGCCGAGAGGCUGGCCGGUGAGCUCGAGAAGGCGCAGGAGGAUGCCGAGGCGCUGAGGGCCGAGAAUGGCAAGCUGCGCGGCGACAACGAGAGGCUGGUGGAGGAGCUCGAGAGACUGCAGGAGGAAGCCGAGAGGCUGGCCGGUGAACUCGAGAAGGCGCAGGAGGAGGCCGAGAGGCUGGCCGGUGAGCUCGAGAAGGCGCAGGCGGAUGCCGAGGCGCAGAGGGCCGAGAUCGGCAAGCUGUGCGGCGACAACGAGAGGCUGGUGGAGGAGCUCGAGAGCCUGCAGGAGGAAGCCGAGAGGCUGGCCGGUGAACUCGAGAAGGCGCAGGAGGAGGCCGAGAGGCUGGCCGGUGAGCUCGAGAAGGCGCAGGCGGAUGCCGAGGCGCAGAGGGCCGAGAAUGGCAAGCUGUGCGGCGACAACGAGAGGCUGGCUGAGGAGCUCGAGAGCCUGCAGGAGGAAGCCGAGAGGCUGGCCGGUGAACUCGAGAAGGCGCAGGAGGAGGCCGAGAGGCUGGCCGGUGAGCUCGAGAAGGUGCAGGCGGAUGCCGAGGCGCAGAGGGCCGAGAUUGGCAAGCUGCGCGGCGACACCGAGAGGCUUGCCGAUGAGCUCGAGAAGCUGCAGGAGGAAGCCGAGAGGCUGGCCGGUGAACUCGAGAAGGCGCAGGCGGAUGCCGAGGCGCAGAGGGCCGAGAAUGGCAAGCUGUGCGGCGACAACGAGAGGCUUGCUGAGGAGCUCGAGAAGGCGCAGGAGGAGGCCGAGAGGCUGGCCGGUGAACUCGAGAAGGCGCAGGAGGAGGCCGAGAGGCUGGCCGGUGAACUCGAGAAGGCGCAGGCGGAUGCCGAGGCGCUGAGGGCCGAGAUUGACAAGCUGCGCGGCGACAACGAGAGGCUUGCUGAGGAGCUCGAGAAGGCGCAGGAGGAGGCCGAGAGGCUGGCCGGUGAACUCGAGAAGGCGCAGGAGGAGGCCGAGAGGCUGGCCGGUGAACUCGAGAAGGCGCAGGCGGAUGCCGAGGCGCAGAGGGCCGAGAAUGGCAAGCUGUGCGGCGACAACGAGAGGCUUGCCGAGGAGCUCGAGAGACUGCAGGAGGAAGCCGAGAGGCUGGCCAGUGAACUCGAGAAGGCGCAGGAGGAGGCCGAGAGGCUGGCCGGUGAGCUCGAGAAGGCGCAGGCGGAUGCCGAGGCGCAGAGGGCCGAGAAUGGCAAGCUGUGCGGCGACAACGAGAGGCUUGCCGAGGAGCUCGAGAGCCUGCAGGAGGAGGCCGAGAGGCUGGCCGGUGAGCUCGAGAAGGCGCAGGAGGAGGCCGAGGCGCAGAGGGCCGAGAAUGGCAAGCUCUGCGGCGACAACGAGAGGCUUGCCGAGGAGCUCGAGAGACUGCAGGAGGAAGCCGAGAGGCUGGCCGGUGAGCUCGAGAAGGCGCAGGAGGAGGCCGAGAGGCUGGCCGGUGAGCUCGAGAAGGCGCAGGAGGAGGCCGAGAGGCUGGCCGGUGAGCUCGAGAAGGCGCAGGCGGAUGCCGAGGCGCAGAGGGCCGAGAAUGGCAAGCUCUGCGGCGACAACGAGAGGCUUGCCGAGGAGCUCGAGAGACUGCAGGAGGAAGCCGAGAGGCUGGCCGGUGAGCUCGAGAAGGCGCAGGCGGAUGCCGAGGCGCAGAGGGCCGAGAAUGGCAAGCUCUGCGGCGACAACGAAAGGCUGGUGGAGGAGCUCGAGAGCCUGCAGGAGGAAGCCGAGAGGCUGGCCGGUGAGCUCGAGAAGGCGCAGGAGGAGGCCGAGAGGCUGGCCGGUGAGCUCGAGAAGGCGCAGGCGGAUGCCGAGGCGCAGAGGGCCGAGAAUGGCAAGCUCUGCGGCGACAACGAAAGGCUUGCCGAGGAGCUCGAGAGACUGCAGGAGGAGGCCGAGAGGCUGGCCGGUGAGCUCGAGAAGGCGCAGGAGGAGGCCGAGAGGCUGGCCGGUGAGCUCGAGAAGGCGCAGGCGGAUGCCGAGGCGCUGAGGGCCGAGAAUGGCAAGCUGUGCGGCGACAACGAGAGGCUUGCCGAGGAGCUCGAGAGCCUGCAGGAGGAAGCCGAGAGGCUGGCCGGUGAGCUCGAGAAGGCGCAGGCGGAUGCCGAGGCGCAGAGGGCCGAGAAUGGCAAGCUGUGCGGCGACAACGAGAGGCUUGCCGAGGAGCUCGAGAGCCUGCAGGAGGAAGCCGAGAGGCUGGCCGGUGAGCUCGAGAAGGCGCAGGCGGAUGCCGAGGCGCAGAGGGCCGAGAAUGGCAAGCUGUGCGGCGACAACGAGAGGCUUGCCGAGGAGCUCGAGAGCCUGCAGGAGGAAGCCGAGAGGCUGGCCGGUGAACUCGAGAAGGCGCAGGAGGAGGCCGAGGCGCAGAGGGCCGAGAAUGGCAAGCUGUGCGGCGACAACGAGAGGCUUGCCGAGGAGCUCGAGAGACUGCAGGAGGAAGCCGAAAGGCUGGCCAGUGAGCUCGAGAAGGCGCAGGAGGAGGCCGAGGCGCAGAGGGCCGAGAAUGGCAAGCUGUGCGGCGACAACGAGAGGCUUGCCGAGGAGCUCGAGAGCCUGCAGGAGGAGGCCGAGAGGCUGGCCGGUGAACUCGAGAAGGCGCAGAAGGAUGUGGAGAAGCUUGCUAGUGCUAAUCAGAUCAUGGUAGUGGAAAUGGAAAAGGCUGUUGCGAGAUAUGCGUCAGCGGAAGAAGCGGUGAAUGAACUGAUUAGUGAGCGGUCUCAGCUGGUUGCGGAGCUUGAAAAAGUGCGUGUUGAAGCGUAUGAGGUGUUGUGUGAACGUGAAAAGGAUGGAUGUGCGGUGGAAUCCGAAUUUUUGGAUGUGCUUAUGGAGCUUAAGAAGCUUAAGGGGAUUAAUGAUGCCCUUCAGGCAGUGCUGAGGGAUAAAGAAUGCGAAGUAAAGGAGCUGCGGGAUCAUAAUGAGCUCUGGGAGGAUCCAAGCGGGGACAUGAAGCAAGUGGUGACAAGGCAUACGAAAAUCUUCGAUGGAAAUUGGGAGAAGAUUGUGCGGGAUCGCCCGGAGGCGCUGUUUGCGGCGUUUGUAAUAGAUUCCGGGAAUGCCUGCCACGUCCCUGGAGACCGCAUCACGCAAGUGAACUUUGAUCACGACUAA